AUGGCAAAGAUGGUCUUGAUCAUCAUGAUGACUUUGUUGGUAAAUGGACAACAACAACAUCAUCAUCAAGCUGGACAACAACUUGAUAACAUAGUACUAUUCGUCGACUCGACCUCAUCCAACAACUUGUCAAACUGUGGCUCAGCUCCUGGAAACAUGGCCUGCGCAAACAUCAUACAAGCUGUCAAUUCAUUCCUUGGAAGCGCAAACAACAACCAACAACACCAACAGCAACAGCAACAGGAUUACCCAACAAACACCUUGCUGACAUUGCUGAUGGUACCUGGUGUAUACCCACCUGAUGGCAACUCUGACCUUCCCCUCUUUAGUAUCAACAUUACAAUGCGCAACUAUGCCCCUGAGGAUGGACCAGUCAUCAUCAAUCUCGAGCAGAUCGUCAACUUCAUCUCGGUAUAUGAGCCCACCGCAUAUCAAGGAGAUGGUAUCAGUUUGAUUGAACUCGAUGGAUUGACCCUGACCAACGGGUCCAACAUUAAUGGCGGUGCCAUAUCCAUAAUCACAUACCUAAUGCGAGUCAACUUGACCAUCAACAACUGUGUGAUGAGUGAUCACGUGGCAUCAGGACGAGGCGGUGUAUUGUACUUUGAGCCACAAGGCCAGUACGUGAACUACUCCGUAGUGUUGAACAAUACUUCAUUCUACAACAACAUGGCCAACUCGAUGAUAUUCACAAUGAAUGAUGGCCACUUCCGUAUGACAAACUGCUCGGUCGCCAACAAUGUGGCGAUGGUGGGCGACAUCAUCUCGUUGUACAUUCAACAGCAGCCCGCAUACAUCCAUCACACCAGGUUCACCAACAACUCAAUCAACUCGCUCGAUCAGGGGUACAAGUCGGCGAUCGUCAACUUGACGAGGACCAGCGCACAGAUCGAUCAUUGUACAUUCUCAAACAACGCCAAUGGAUCACAGGUGGCCGCCAGCAACAAUCAAGCGCAUCUCGACACGAAAGUCUAUCUCGAGGUUGGCGACUGCACGUUCUCAAGCAACACGGGUGGCGGUGGACUUAUCAAUGGUCUGGGCCUCAACGUGGACAUGCUCGGAUGGGUAUCGAUCAACAACAGUCUGUUCCAUAACAACUCGGGCGGUGGACUUGGCGUCAACCUGUACGCAGUCGACACGAUCUUCAUUGGAAUCGAUCACUCACGCUUCAUAGACUCGCCAAGCAUCGUGGCUGGCCAGUCCAUCUAUAUGUACUUUGAUGGCAACAUGAGUGUGACCAACAGUCACUUCUCAAACAACGGUGUAGCCGAUAUAUAUUGUUAUAGCAGCGAUGUAAUGGCCAUCAACAACACAUUCGAUAAGGAUACAUUGUUGGUUGUAUGCGAGCCUGGCUCAUGUCAACUGAGUGGACAUGACUUUGACACGGUGGAGUGCAGUCUUGGACCAACACAUGAUAGUAGUUCGGAGGACGCACCACAUCGAAACCCAAAGACAGUACGAGGUGGAAUCAUCUUCCUCUCAAUAAUACUAUUCAUUAUCUCAGCACUGGCUAUCGCAUACUUUAUCCAUUUCAAGUGGCGACGAGGUGGAGGACGAGUCAGUGACCGAGAUGGAUACACAAGGAUCAUUGGCUAG